GUGAGAGGGAGCGAAUUGGCGCGCGCUUCAGUCAGGCGCCGGCCUCAGGCAGCGUCGGUCGUGUCAUGGAUCGUGCAAGGUAAAGGGCAUGCGGGCCGCGCUCGCCGCGCUGGCGGCUUGCUGCGUGGUAGCGAGCGCCGAGGUUCCCUCCGCGCGCCUCGCCCCGCGCAACACCACCGCCCAUCACGUCCUUCAGUGCAGUGAUGGGCUUGUGCUACCCGCCUGGCAACCUCUUGAAGAUGUCCCAAACCUCGAACUCGCGAUCCGCGGGUCCGUCUACUUCCUGUCACUACUCUAUCUAUUUAUCGGCGUAUCUAUCGUCUCUGAUCGCUUUAUGGCAGCCAUUGAAGUCAUCACCUCCAGAGAGAAAGAAGUGCGCGUACGGCGUAAUGGAAGUGAUCAAAUUAUUGUCGUGCGCGUGUGGAAUGAAACUGUAGCCAAUUUAACUUUAAUGGCACUUGGUUCGAGUGCGCCGGAAAUAUUAUUGUCAGUCAUCGAAAUAGCUGGGAAAAACUUCGAAGCUGGUGACUUGGGGCCUGGCACAAUUGUGGGAUCAGCCGCGUAUAAUUUAUUCGUUAUCAUCGCCAUUUGCGUUUUUGUGAUUCCGGACGGCGAAGUGAGAAAAAUAAAACAUCUGAGAGUGUUCUUGGUCACCGCGUCAUGGUCCGUGUUUGCAUAUGUUUGGUUGUAUUUAAUUUUAGCGGUGAUUUCACCAAGUGAAGUGGAAGUAUGGGAAGGCUUUGUCACAUUCCUUUUUUUCCCAGCCACAGUCUUAACAGCCUAUAUAGCUGACCGAAGGCUAUUAGUCUACAAGUAUUUGAAAAAGGGUUACCGUGUUAAUGAACGAGGCGUGAUCGUAGAAGUGGAAGGUGAUGGCUCAGUUGAAAUGGCCUUAAAACCCUGUGAUUUUGGUGACGAUGAAGAAGGCCGGGAACUUGAGAAAUCUAGAAAAGAAUACGUACAAGUGCUGCGUGAUUUAAGAAAACAACACCCUGAAGAGGAUUUAGAAACGGUUGAGCGAAUGGCACUAGAAACAUUAAUGGCAAAAGGACCAAAAUCUCGUGCAUUUUACAGGGUGGCAGCUACGCGUAAAAUGACCGGUGGUGGUGACUUUUCCAGAAAAAUAUCUGAAAGAGCACAGAGUGAUUUGAGCGAAGUUAAAGCUGAGCUGCAACGUCGUGAGUCAAGUUCAGUGACUGCGGAGCCCAGAGGACCACAUGUUCGCUUUGAUCCCGAUCAUUAUACGGUUCUGGAGAAUUGUGGUUCGUUUGAAGUACGUGUGGUUCGCGGCGGCGAUCUAAGCGGGGAAGUGACCGUUCAGUAUACCACAGAGGAUGGGACAGCGGAGGCUGGUUCAGAUUAUGUAGCUGCACAAGGAUCACUCACAUUCGGACAUGGAGAAACUGAAAAGAAAUUCUCUGUCCAAGUUAUAGAUGAUGAAGUCUUUGAGGAGGAUGAGCAUUUUUUCGUUCGACUCAGCACUCCAAAGGGAGCUUGCUUGGCCUCGCCUUCGAUGGCGACUGUGGUGAUCCUAGACGAUGAUCAUUCGGGUGUGUUUUCCUUUUCGCAAAGAGACUAUGAAUUGACAGAGUCGGUUGGGACGUAUGAGUUAAAAGUGGUAAGGACUGCUGGCGCCAGAGGUCGUGUGCGGGUUCCGUAUAACACAGAAGAUGGUACUGCAAAGGCUGGUGCACAGUUCGAGGCAUCUGAAGGACACAUUAUCUUUGAGAACAAUGAAACUGAAAAAGUAAUCCCGCUGCACAUAGUUGAAGAGGACAGCUAUGAGAAAGACGUACUUUUCUACGUCAACAUCGGUGACCCUGAGUUGCUUGAUGACCGCAACAAACCUGUAACAUCUAACCGUAAAGUGAACAAGUUGACAACGUUGGCGGAGGAAGAGUGCGUCGUCGCCAUGAUGGGGCUGCCUCGAGCUGGCGAGAUAACCAGAGCUCAGCUUAGAAUUAAAGAAAGCAAAGAGUUCAAGAAUACAGUGGACAAACUAGUCCAAAGGGCAAAUGCCUCGAUCAUUAUAGGGACUUCUUCCUGGAAAGAACAGUUCACAGAAGCUUUGACGGCCAGCUCAGAUAAUCCAGAUGAGCCACCGUCAUGUUUAGACUAUGUAAUGCACAUAUUAACGAUAUUCUGGAAGAUUAUAUUUGCAUUCGUGCCUCCGACUGAUAUCGGUGGUGGCUACGUCUGUUUUGUCGUGUCAAUAGUGUGUAUUGGCCUGGUAACUGCUGUAAUUGGCGAUGUGGCUUCACACUUUGGUUGCACACUUGGCAUCAAAGACUCCGUUACUGCGAUAAUAUUUGUUGCUCUCGGUACUAGUAUACCUGAUACAUUCGCGAGUAAAGUGGCCGCUAUACAAGAUAAGCACGCAGAUGCGUCAGUGGGAAAUGUGACUGGUUCGAAUGCAGUGAACGUCUUCCUUGGCAUCGGUGUAGCAUGGACCUUGGCUGCCGUGGUGCAUUGGACACGGAACGAGAAAUUCCACGUGGAUCCGGGAAACCUUGCCUUCAGCGUGACGAUGUUCUGUUCUGAAGCGGCACUGGUGGUGAUAGUUCUCAUGCUGCGCAGGCGAAAGUCAGUGGGUGGUGAGCUGGGCGGGCCGCGCGGUGUCAAAAUAAUCACAUCUCUGUUCUUCUUUUCUUUAUGGUUAACUUACCUCACAUUAUCUAGCUUAGAAGCCUAUGGCGUUAUAAAGGGAUUCUAAAAUACGACCAUCUCAAAUACGUCAAAAUCACUGACGAGUAAAUUGUCAGAUUCUGGCCAAUCAGAUUGCGUUUUGCGUGCGACGGGCGAAUUGGCCAAUCAUGAGACGCCAAAUUUAUGAGUAUUAAAAUGUAUAGGAUUGAACUUAAUUAUAAACUAUUAGUUAAAACUAUAAUUAAUUUGUUUGGCAAGAUUUAUGCUGAACCGAUAAAAUUUUUUUUUAGACAAUAGGUUGUUUUGUUUAAGAACAUUUAUUAUUAAUGAAGCGAUACACUGGUUACCAUAGCAACGUUGUUGACAAGUUUGCGCGCGUAAUCAGUAAUUUGAUUAAAACUUUGUAUUAUUUAGAAUUUUAUACAAUUAAUUUCAAUCCAAUAAUAAAAGUUUAAAACGUUGGUUGUCCAGUGAGUAGGUAGUCAUAAAAAUAAUUUAUUUAGAUUAAACACUAAUAUGCAUAUUUAUUUCGUAGUUAGGAAUAUAAAAUUUAUAAUUUUGUUACUAAUAUUUAUUGUUUUUAUAGAAAAAUUUUAUACAGUCACGUUCAAUAUUUUACGAAUAAUCAAUUUAUUUGACAUCCAAUCAAAAUCUAGAAACAUCCUAAAAAUUUCUCGUUGCCUCCAAUGUUGGCAUCAAACGUUUCUGUUGAUGGAUCUUUGAGUAAGAUGAAGUAUUUUAACAAGAUCAAAUAUUUGUGAAAAAAUACUUAUUGCUCGCGCCGGGAAUGAGACAGUAUCUGGGACAUGGGAUAUGGGACAGCUCAAUUGGGACAGUAUUGUAUCUGUUUCUAAAUUGAUCUGCCCCUUUUCGCGAUGUAUCAUAUAUUCGACUCCAGUUUUACUAUACAUUUAAAAUAAUUUGUUAUUCGUAAAUGUAUAAACAGAGCCGUAGUUAGUUCAUUUUUCGUUAACUGGACGGGUGUGAAUUUUAAACAUAAGGCACUAGUUGAAUAUGUAGUUCUUUGCAAAUUGAGGCAUUGUGCUCAAAAUAUGUACAGGUAGCGAGUCUCUUCUUCCUUAGAAUGUGCUUUUCUCUAUAAUGGCACAUUAAUUUAUUGGAAUGGCAACACACAGCUGAUUGAACUUUAAGACAUCGGCAAGCCUUCACAUGUGUAUCUACGUAAAUAAGAUAGGUGUAGAUAAGUCAUCAAAGAUGUAGAAAUUUGGAUGGCAGCAGUUUAUUAUUAGCAAAGCAUGCGAUUGGGAUUACGACAUAAAAACCUAAGAAUAACGUGACUUUAAAUUUCAUUGUUACUUAAUUGAAUUAAUCAUUUCUAUAAUGGUUUUGAUUAUGAAUUAAAAAUUCUUAGGCUCAAUACGAUACGAAAUUUUACGUAAACAUAGGCCUCAUUUUUUCACCUGGUUUACUUUAGAGAACCACAAAAUUCUUAAAAGAAUAUAUAACAUCCGUAAAGUAUUUAAAGAAAACGCUUUAUAAAUGGAUUAAAGCUGUGUAUUAUUGUAAACUUAUAACAAUACUUAUAAAUAAUUAAAUAUAAGUUAAAUUAUUAAUAACAAUACAUAAUUUAACUUAUAAUUAAUUAUAAGUUUAUUAUAAUACAACAAUUAAAAUCAACGGAUUGAAUCUACAUUCAAUAAAGUGUUUUCUAUUAAUAUGUAAUAUUAUUAAAUAAAAUACAGGCAGUAUUCAAACGUACUUCGUACUCAGCCAUGCCCUUAAUAUUAGAUAAGCAUCUUGCACCUUUGCUCAUAAAAAUAUGCAAUAAAUUACUAUGUGAAUUCGUCAUUCCAAUCGGCGUGGCAUGCUUAUAAGCCUUGAGGGCUGUGGUUAAAGGUCUAACUAGAUUAUAAAUAGAGAAUAUAUCUGUAUAGUGUGUCGUAGUAAUUGUGGGAUUAUAUAGAAGAAUAUAUAAGUCACUCUCUUGAGAGGAUUUCAGAUCUAGUCGUAGUCAUGACGUGUUUGAUAGUUUUAUUCAAUAUGUCUUUGAUGUAAAAAUGUGUUCAGUGUCAUAGGGACCUGCGAAUUUGUGGUUUCAUGUACUUGUUACUUAAUAGAAGUUUUUUUUCAAAUUCUUCAUAAGAGCGGUAAUCCGAUAAAUAAAUAUAAUAUAUUUUUAAUUUUAUGUAAGUAUAUAUUAAAGACUUAUUAAUAUCGUCUCGUCUCAAAUUGAUCUUAGUAUUUACUAAGAUCAAAAUAAGAUUUCCGAUAUAAAUCCUUUUUGAUAAGGUAGUAGUAUACCCAGAGGGUUCUCAUACGUAGACGUAUACGUAACACAU